AUAUUACACCCAGGUCGAGUAAGACCAGGCACUGCAUGCAAAUGUAAUGUAUCGUAGGGGUUAUUAUUUAAAGUUAAAAAUGGUAGAGUAAGUUGUAAAUAUUGAAACGAAUUGAUUGAAGUUUUGCUUUUGCUGGAUUCCCAUAUACUUUAAUUAGCAGCAGCCAAAGAUAAAACCACUGCAGAAAAAUGGGUUCUUUGACGAAGUUAUACAACGUUGGUAAAUUUGGAAGAGUGUUAUCAGUUUUAUUACCUCGCGCAAAUAGAAGUCUUAAUGACGUGGGAAAUCUGCAAGCAGAGAAAAAGCGUCCAGCCUCUGCCUUUGCUUCAUUUUAUCGCGAGAAGCAAGGUUUGUUAAAAGAAAAUAACCCCAAACUAAGUCCAACAGAACUUAUGAAACUAGCGUCUUCGAUGUGGAGUAAUCAAAGUCAAUCAACCCGUCAACAAUUUAAAAACGAAUAUGAACGUAAAAUGGCAGAAUAUCGAGAAGACAUUCCUCAGGUUCCGAAACGACCUGCGCCACCAUAUAUAUUGUUUUUCAAAGAGAACAAUCGCCUUUUCCAGUCGGACUAUCCAAGCGUCGUUGAGAGAGCGAGAAAAAUGGGUAGUAUGUGGAAUGAACUACCUGAGAAUGAAAAGGAGAAAUACCGAGAAGCUUAUACCCAAAAAUUGCAUGAGUUCAACGAAAACCUAUCGGAAGAAGAAAUCGAUUUAUUGCAGCAAAAACGUAAAGCUAAAAAUGCAAAGCGUGAGAAACGUGAUGUUCGUCGCUAUGGCAAGCAAGCUUUAAAAAGAAAACCAAAAAAUCCAAUCACCAAUGCAUUUAAUUUGUUUAUAAAAGACCACGCAAGUGAAGUGCCACGCGAGGAAAAUAUUUUCAAAUAUCUGAGUGAUAAAUGGCACAAGUUACCAGAAGAUGAAAAGUUGAUGUAUAAAGAACGACUAAAUGAUGAAGCGGAAGCCUAUAAUGAAAAAUUGCGCGCAUGGGAAAGCAAAUACGAUAAAUAUCAAUAGAACAUAUUUUUGUAAAUUCUUGGUUAAAACGCGAAUUACUUUUUGUUUAUAUUAAUAUCGUCCUUUUUCACGACUUAUUAUUUAACAGAAAUGACAACAAAGAGAAAUACAGAAAUAUUUUCGAGAUAA